UAGGGUCGGGGCGGUGGGGGGGAGGCCUUGAAGUAUAGGGUCGCUACUCAAUUCAUCGUUUUGUUGUCAAAUCUCGUUGGUGACCGAGACUGCGACGGAGAAACCUUGUUUGACGGACAGAGUGGGGAGGGAAAUCUACAGACGCGCCACAAUUUCCCUUCUUCGGUUUGAGCUCUCAGGCCUUUUGAUUUGAACAAGGAGUUUAAAAAACUAAAAUGACCUUGACCCAACUGUGCUACGUGUGCCUCGCGGUGCUGCUUGGAUCCAUCUCGCUUUCCCGAGUGGACGGCGCUCCCCAGUCGGAGCGACUCGGAGAAUACCUGGAGACGGAGGAGGACCUUGAUCGAAUGCUCUUACUGGACUAUCUGGCUGAAAUGGCCCCUGCCCGCACCAACGAGGUACUACCCGAGGAGGAGGUGUCGGGGAUCAGGGAAGUGAUGCGGCGCCACCUGGCCCUUUCCCAAAGAGAGCGCAAGGCAGGCUGCCGGAACUUCUUUUGGAAGACGUUUACAUCUUGUUAGUGCUUUAGACAUAUUUAACAUUAUACAGAAUUUAUUCUUGUGGCGUCUUUUUAAUACAUAUUUAAUUUACAAUUACUAAAGUCUGUUAUUCCUUGUUUUUCAAGCAAUGUUACUGUUUAGUUUGAGAUGGAAAUUAUACUUAAUUUAUUAUUUUAAUUGACUAGACCAGUUUCACAACAUGUAAAGAACAAGGAUGCCGAGCCAGACCUCAUUACCACUGGACACAGCUGUAUUGGGUGGAGCAAAAAGAUGCACUGUGUAAAAAUGAUUAAAACUGAACCUAAAGUAUAUAAACUAAAAUUAAA